CAAGCAGUAGGAAACCUGACUGUUCCUAGUGUGACUCCUGAGGCAGGGGUGGUGCUCCUCGAGUGCUAAUGGGUCCUCAUCUCACCAUCUCCUUCUCUUCCCAUCCUAGUUUGUUGCCCAGUUGCUGGGGUUCCUGAUCAGCGUGGUCAGCUCCAUCUUCUGUGGCCACCUGGGGAAAGCAGAGCUGGAUGCCGUGACGCUGGCUGUGUCAGUUAUCAACGUGACAGGCAUUUCCAUCGGUUCUGGUUUAGCCUCAGCAUGUGACACGCUGAUGUCCCAGACGUAUGGUAGCAAGAACCUGAAGCAGGUGGGCACCAUCCUGCAGCGAGGGAUCCUCAUCCUGCUACUGUGCUGCUUCCCUUGCUGGGCGCUCUUCAUCAACACUGAGAGGAUCCUCCUGCUCCUCCGACAGGACCCUGAGGUCUCCAGGUUAACUCAGGUCUACGUGAUGAUCUUUAUUCCAGCGCUUCCUGCAGCGUUUCUGUACCAGCUGCAGACAAGGUAUUUACUAAGUCAGGCCAUCAUUUUGCCUCAGGUGCUGACAGGGAUUGCAGCCAACCUCCUCAAUGUGGCCAUGAACGCCUUCUUCCUGUAUGCACUGAAGCUGGGCUUGGUGGGCUCUGCCUGGGCCAACACUGUUUCUCAGUACACCCAGGCCAUUCUGCUCUUCCUUUACGUAUGGUGGAAGAAGAUUUAUGUGGAGACCUGGGGAGGUUGGUGCAAGGACUGUCUCCUGGACUGGGGUUCCUUUACCUGGCUGGCAGUGCCCAGCAUGCUCAUGAUGUGUAUUGAAUGGUGGACCUUUGAGAUUGGAAGCUUCUUGGCAGGUCUGCUCAGUGUGGUGGAGCUGGGUGCACAGUCUGUCAUCUAUGAGCUCUCCUCUGCAGCGUACAUGGUGCCUCUGGGGUUCAGCGUGGCUGCGAGCGUCAGAGUGGGCAAUGCUUUGGGAUCAGGGGAUGUGGUGCAAGCCAAGACCUCCUGCAUCACUGCCCUGCUGUGCACAGAAGUUUUUGCUGUGGUGGUUGCAACGUUACUGGGGACCCUGAAGGAUGUGGUGGGAUACAUCUUCACCAAUGACAAGGAGAUCGUUAUCUUGGUGUCCAAAGUGAUGAUCAUCUUUGCUCCAUUCCACUUGUUUGAUGCAGCAGCAGCGACGUGUGGCGGCGUGCUGCGGGGCACGGGGAAGCAGAAGCUGGGUGCUAUUGCCAACGCCGUUGGCUAUUACACCAUGGGCCUGCCCAUCGGCAUCUCCCUGAUGUUUGCAGCUAAGAUGGGGGUGUUAGGUCUAUGGGUGGGAAUGAUCAUCUGCAUCUCUUUGCAAGCCCUUUCCUUCUCCACUUUUGUCAUGCGCAUGGAUUGGAAGAAAGCUGCAGAAGAGGCUCAGGUCCGAGCUGGAGUGAAAAAACAGCUGGAAGAUGUGAACUCCAGUGGCACAGCUGCUAACAAAACAUCUGCAGUGGACCACAUUGACACUGACACCGUGGACACUGUGGUUCUCUGUGAGAGCACCAUCGAAGGCGAGAGCCAACCUGACCACCAGCUCACCACACAGGAGGAGCCUGCUGCUGUCCCUGCUCCUCCCGAGGUGGUGUGGAGGACUCUGAUCAUCUACCGCGUGCUGGCUGCUGCCACUGCUGUCGCUGUCCUGCUGGUGGGCAUCCUGGUCCGGUUCCUGACCAGCAAUGGAUAGAAUCAGGGACAGUGGGGACCUGUGCACAGAGCAUGUGGUGAUGUCCCAGGAGAAAGGGCAGGAAUUCCUGGUAAAGAGUCAGUUUGCUCAGUUUCUGGUUAGCUCACAAUGUUUUAUCCCACAUGCAAAGUUCUUAAAGGGGAUGAGGGUGCAGCACCUGGGAAAAAAGUGCUCGAGGGCUGGUUCCUCUCCUGCACUGCACUGCAUUGGGAUGUCACUUGUGAUAAGCAAGAAUGUAUCCUGGGGCUUGCUGGGGAAGGAUACAGGGACCUUGUGCUGUUAUCCUGUUUUCUGCUCCCUGGGGCCAUUUGUCCAUGGCACUUGCUAGUGGCAGAGGCUCUUACUGCCUGUAGCAGGCUUCCUCAUGCACCAGUUUGUGCCAGUAUCUCGGCAUGGCAGAGCCCACUUGUCACAGCAGCACAGGGCAAGGCCCAUACUGUUGGAACAUGGUUGCUCUGACUGCUGCUGGGGCGCUGGGUGCUGGCUGCUGGCCCUGCUCUCCCUGCUGCAUGGCAGGCACAGGGCCUAAAGCAACUCCUCUUUGCACUUUUUAAGGUGGGCUUUUGAUACAAUAAAGUUU